UAACGUGCAGCAGAGUAUUUUGCUGUCGUGCCUCCUCGCACCGUGCAGUUCCCCGCUGUCACCUGCAGGGGGCGUUGGAUGGCGUGUCCAGGUGGCCGUGACGUCACCCGGGCUUUAGGUGCCGUGCGCUCGAGCCUCUCCGGGUCUCCUCAGUGCUGCUGGAGGAGGACAGGAGCGGACAAACACAAUUUGUUUACAAGUCAACUAUGGAUGUGUUCAUUGCCUGUGGAUGAUGUGUUCGGAGCGCAUUUGAAAAGGUCUGCCUCUGAGGACAGGGAGCAAAUGCCAAUCUGCUGAAGAAAAAAGGAUUAAAUCAGGAAUCUGUCACCUCACCUAAGUAGGUGUGAGUUGCUGGCUGCAGUCAUGGGGAACCAGCUGACUGAUAUGGCUCCGAACACGCCGUCGUUCCUGCCAAACUUCCAGUCUCUGCACGUGGUGGUUAUCGGGCUCGACUCCGCCGGCAAAACCUCUCUGCUCUACCGGCUCAAACUGAAGGAGUUUGUGAAAACCAUCCCCACCAAGGGCUUCAACACGGAGAAGAUCAAGGUGGCUGUGGGGACGUCCCGGACCAUAAACUUCCAGGUGUGGGAUGUGGGAGGUCAGGAGAAGCUGCGCCCGCUGUGGAAGUCUUACACCCGGCGGACAGACGGGAUGGUGUUUGUGGUGGACUCCACUGAGCAGGAGCGGAUGGAGGAGGCCAAAGUGGAGCUCCACAAGAUCACCCGCACCUCAGAGAACCAGGGGGUCCCCGUGCUCAUCCUGGCCAACAAACAGGACCUGGAUUCGGCCUCGUCUGUCAGCGAGGUGGAGAAGCUGCUUUCUGUCCACGAACUGAGCACGUACACGCUGCAUCACGUGCAAAGCUGCAGCGCCGUGGACGGUCAGGGACUCCAGCCGGGCCUGGAGAAACUUUAUGAGAUGAUCGUGAAGAGGAAGAAGAUGGUGAAGCACAACAGGAACAGAAAGAGAUGAACUCUUGGCUCACACUGUGGACCUUAUUAGAUUUAUCCACUGUUGAGACACUUCCAAGCUUAAUGGUCCCUUUUAAUGGGGGAGCGAUUUGUGCCAACAAAACAACAAUUACACACGGCCUUAGGGUCAGGAGAAAUGGAUUUGCUCAUAACAACUGAAGCAGUAUUGACACAUUAUUUGUUCUGCAAUCGUGCAGCUGCCCUUUGAAAGCUUAAGUUAUAGAUUUUUAAAGGGAACCUCGCUAGCAGUUAGUCUUCACUAAGUGCUUUUCUACACUUGUUUUAAAGAAGAAUUCUUUUUCAAUGUUUGCCUGUUAACUGUGGGACUAAUAUAUGGACUCAUUUGCAUCCACGUGGCGGUAUGAGGGGAAGAGAACUAUAAAAUAGAUUUUAAAAUAUCCUUAUAAUCCUUCACAAGCUUGCACAGAUUCUGCCCCACUGAAUCGCUGUUUUUGUUCCACAGACGCUUCCCCCGAAAUAUUUAUUCCACAUUUUUGUGUUUGUGUUGGACAGAGGGACUUUUGUGUCUUUCUGUGACUUUUUUGUAAAUUAUAUUAAAAAUGAAACACAGUCAGUGGUGGCGGAGCACCAAAUGAUAUUAACUUUCAAUGCCAUGGAACCAGUAAUCCUAAGUGCAUUCUCUUCAUGGCCACAGAGGUUAAGUUUCAGUUACUAUAACAAUAGUGUUUAUACAAAUUGUACAUUUUUGUAACACUAAAGACUUAAUAAAUCUAAGCACUGUACAGAA